AGUACGUAAUAGAUAGGAUAGGACCCAUCUGGCAGUAACGGAUUGCCCGCUGACUACCGCUUUCUCUCUCUCUCUCCUCUUUUUCCGUGUUCCCUUCUCGCUAAAUUUGAUCCAGAAAGUCGCACUUUCUCUACUUCUAAGUUCUAUCUUCAACUACAGGCUGAAGCAAGGUACUUUUGAUUGCAAAGAUGGAGUUAAGCAUGAAACAGACUGCUCUCAUGACUUCAUUCUUUGGCAUAUGCUCCUUUUUAUGCGGCGUUGUUGCUGAAAACAAGAAGCCUGCAGCGGGAACACCAAUACCUGGGAAGGGUAUGGUGAUCUGCAAAUAUCCAUCUGAUCCUACAGUGAUUCUGGGAUAUAUAUCUUUUGCCGCUCUGAUAAUAACGACUGUUGUUGGAUACAUGUCAGUAUUUUAUCCCUACAACAAGAGGAGUAUACCAUCUGGCGCCCUGUUUCGUAGCAAAACCAUGCUUGUCUUUUUCAACAUUGCUUGGGCAACCGCUGGUUUAGCUGCUGCAUUGCUCCUAUGGCCAACAAUCACUGAGCAGUUCCAUCUAAGUCGUACCGUACAUCAGAACCCAGACUAUGCCUGCCCCACAGCUAAGACCGGGGUCCUCGGAGGUGGUGCUUUCUUGUCCCUCGACUCAUGCCUCUUUUGGUUGAUUUGCCUCAUGCUGGCUAACAAUGCGCGAAGUGAUUACUUUGAGGAGGUUGAAGAAUCCCAAAAAGGGGAACGAACCCAAGUUAUUAAUGUUGACUACAAUCCUCUUGGUUCAGAGGCCAUGAAGCAUGCUAGCGUUGCAUAAUAAAAAUGUCUUUGAAGCUGAAUUAUCUUGGGUUUAAAAUAAUUUAGCUGAAUUCUAAAUUCUAAGACCAUUAAAUAAAAUGAUGUUGCAAUAUGAUAAACACAUUAAUGGAUUUCAAAUGUAUAUAGGUUCGCAUGAUAUAUCUCCCUCUUCCACAGUAUUUGAAUUCUUCUUUAAGUUUCUGAAAAAUUUGUUGAUUGUUA